GCGUGUUCAUACACACUACCGAGGCAGGCAGCAGCAGGCAUUCUGGUGACUUAUUGCGCUACAGAGCAGCUGCGCAGGUUCUGAGGAUGCGGUGACAACAUCAGGAACAGUUCCAUUAAAAAAAGAGAGAUGCACUUGUCUAACAGAGUUAUUUAAAUUUCCCGAGAGUUUGAUCUGAGCGCUUUCUUUACGUCUCUGUCGCUUGGUGAAUGCGCCCCCAUUGUCAACCUGCUGGGGGCCUAACAGUGAAGCAGCACCCGGCUUUAUGAAUGGGGAUGCUAGGUUUCCAGGCUGACUGCAGUUGACACGCAUCUAAAUUUGCUCCAAGAUCUCAAACAAGGAUUACAUUUGAAGGCUCUUUGUGCGUAAGAAAACAGCCACCAUGCCAAUACUAAAACAGCUAGUGUCUGGCUCCUCCCAGACCAAGCGCCGCUCACGCAUGGACCUAACCAGGGAGAUGAUUAGUGCUCCACUGGGCGACUUUCGCCACACCAUGCAUGUUGGCCGCAGUGGUGAUGCAUUCGGGGACACCUCCUUUCUCAGCACCCGCUCAGGAGAACCUCCCCCUGAGACCAAUUUCUUUCCCCGCUCUCCCCGGCCUGGCCUCCUGUCUCGCACCUUCAGGAGCAGCAAACGCUCCCAGUCGGUGACCAGAGUUGACCAGCAGAGUGACAGCACCCUGGUGAGUCCUGGUGGGUCACCCACCUAUGUGAAGAAUGCCAUGUCUUUGCCCUUUCUCAAUGAUGACGACAGAGGGGACAGCAUGGUGGCUAAGAGUUUGUCCUCGAGUCCUUUAAAGCCUCACAGUGAGGUGGAUGGGAGAGGUGCAGCUUCAGCUGCUCACUUCCUGGAGCUGGAAGAACGCAGCUUUGGGGAGCUGACUGAGCUUCCGGAGAGCUCCCACCACUACGGAGGAGGUAUGAAGCAUGCCGAGUCAGUAAUGUCUUUCCAUGUCGACCUUGGACCCUCCAUGCUGGGUGACAUCCUGGGGGUGAUGGAGAAGGAGGAUGAUGAUCUUGGCUACGAGGAGGGCAAGAGCAGCGAGGGCCGUGCCUCACCAACUCUCAGCACCCACUGUGAGGAAGAAUAUAGUAUGGAGAGAGAAAAAGAUGAGGAUGCAGAGGAGGAGAUGGAAGAAGAGGAAGAAGCUACAGAUCUCCGCCAGCAGGCCUCAAUGCAUCAAGCUAACUCUGUAGAUCUUGGGACUGAGAACGGAGGGCCCUACACCCCGGAGUACACUCCCGAGACUCGGCCAAAACACUUGCAACAUCUUGACAGCUGCUCCAUGUCCAGCUCUGGCUCUGCUGCCCUGGAUGAGAAACCAAACAGCCAGACGUAUACAGGAGAUACAGACAGUGCCACUUUCAGUGCCCCGCCAGAGGAGGAGAGCAACUUCUCCUCUUUCUUGGAGGAUGAAGAUGAUGAGAUCCAUGUAUGAGACUCUGAAGAAAUAAAUAAACACAUAUAUAGGGCAGAGCUCUGGAAGGGGUUCAUGUGAAACUGGCAAGUCCUUUGACAAUGUGGAUUUUCACUUGAACAGGAAUAAAGACUGUUGUUGUCAGUUACUGUGGGAAUGAGAGUGUGAAGAAGAUGGAGGCCACUUGCUUUGUAGGUCUGCAAGAAGACAGUGACUGCUCCUUUUCUGGAAAAGCCCCUCUCCAUCUGUUAGAGCCUUUCCCUCCACUGUCUGUCAAUCUGUCUCUCCCUUUUUGAACAUUGACUGAACCUGCAUGGAAGAGCAACCACACUUUGUCUAUAGAACAUUGCAGAAGUAAAAGGGGAGGACGGUUUUGAAAGAGACUUUUAAGAAAAGAAUAAACUUCACGCUUUCUCUCCCCUUCCUCUGUCUUGAUACUUCACAUGUGCUCAUUUUGAUUCGCCUAUCCACUUCUUGUGCUUUCUCUCACUGGUGUUGGGGCAUCAUGAUGGCUGGGCUGAACAGAAGGCCUCUGUCAACACAGGAUCACUGGUGGGUAUCUUGUCACAAUAAAGGGGGCUGUGUUUGUCACUAGAGUGUGAAGCCCUGCCUUGAGCCCCUUUCAUCUGAAAAGAUAGUGAUAUAAGUGCCAUAGAUCUGUCCGUUUUCUCCCUUAUGUAACUCAGGGUCCUUGCGAUGCUGCUGAAAGGCUGCCAUUUCCUGCUGUAAAUCAGGACCACAACGCCCAAAACCAAAAGCCUCUUCUGUUUUUAAUUCACUGGGGGUGCCACACAGGCUUAACCUCAGUGUAAAUUAGAGAAAGGCUGUGUUGCAAAGCUAAUGGAGAUGCAGGGAUUGUAGAGCUUUUGUAGUCUCUUUUGCAAUGAACAAAUCAUUUUUCUUUGUUCUAUCCUUAAACCAUUAUGAUGAUGCAUUUACAGAUUUCAGAUUACUGACAUGAAUUGGCCAUCUUCUUGAUAAUCUUCAUUAUUUCAAGUUGAAACUGAAAAGAGUUUAACCACUUCCUUCCUUGUUUUUGUACAUCCGAGCAGCUGCAGUGGUACAACUGAACUGUGUAAAAGAUAGUGAUCCUUAUUAGUCCAUGGGCGGUCUUUUAUGUAUAAAACAGUUUCCCCUGUUAGUCAUGAAGAUGGCUUUAGGGUAUGUAUUGUUGAAAAUCGGUGCACCAGCAGGCACAUUUAAACCAGACACUACUAGUAUUUGCUGUUUAAUACCUGUUCUUGCUUUUUAAUCUUUGAGAAAAAAAAAAAAACUUUGCUAUGAAUAUGUUAUGUCUGUGUAUAGAGUGGAUGAAAGAGAACACAGCCAGCAAUAGCAUUAAAGCAUAAAAAAAGCUAUUUCUGUGCAACUUGACAGUCAUUGCAGCUUGACUGUAUCUCUUGCAUCAUUAAAAGCUGCGGUCAGAAGUAUUGGGGCUCAGUUGUGCUGACUGAUUUCAUUGCCUUAACUGAAACUGACAGAUGUGCCAAAUCAUAAUUUUCCAGCUAAAAAUAAUUUUACUUGUGGAACUCACUUUUUGGAGAGCCUGUCAAAUCUGUCUGUCACUUCCUUCUUCUGUAUGGGUAAUCAAUGUUGAAUUUAAGACUUUAGAUCAAAUUAAAAGAUGUAUAUAUGUGUUCUAAAAUUUCAAUCAAGCAGGAAAAGAAUGAAUUCGCAAAACUGGAUUUAUAUUUCCUAUCACUCCAACACUACAAAAAAUAUUCAGGUUGUUUUCUAGGGUUAAAAAUUUUGUGCGAAUGGGAAGUUGUCUGUGAUGCCCUUUCUGUAAAUUGAUGUACAGUAUAUUAUGCCUUACUUCUUUACUGUUACCUUCUUUCUUAAUUAUCUAAAAUAACCUUUAUUUUUCAAUAAAAGAAAUCCUGAACAUCUU